AUGACCUCAGAAGCGAUUGAGGAGGCUUUCCAGCGACACCCAAGGCCACAAGUGCCUACCAAAGCAGCACUACUGAAGAAAGCACUGCAGAAUGAUAAACGGCUUUCAUCCCCAUCCAAGGAGAUCCGUGGGAGCCCAUGGAAGACCUUGAACCGGCAAGGAAGUCUGACCGAAGGGGAGCACGUCUGGAUUGUGUGCAUCCAACAAGGCCAGCUAGUAAUGGUGAAAGAGAUGAGCCUUAAAGCAGGCCGAAAAGAACUUGAAGUAUUAACUAAGCUGUCGGAUCAUCUACAUGUUUCAACUAUCAAGCAAGCAUUUGAGACGGAGACGUCGUUAUAUUUUCAAUUAGAAUACGCUCGUUGCAGCCUUGCAGGAGUCUUGACGUAUCAUAUGCAGCUUGAGGAAGCGCAUAUUCGCGUGUUAGCUAGCUCAGUAAGGUUCGCCAUUUGGAAUCCAACCAAGCUAACUCCAAACCGUGAUCUCGAAUGCCUUGGAGCAGUGAUUCUCGAGUGCAUGAACGGAAGGACAAACGAGAAACUAAAGGAUCCUGUGGAGGUGAGGCGUCUCAGAAAAUCCAACAAGAUAUUCGGUCUAGAGAAUGGAGAGCAAUGGAGCGGCUUCAAGCUCCUGGUUGACUUCGUCGACAGUAUGUUCAACGAGGGUGUGCCGGCCAUCGCCAAGCUUGAAAAGCCUGUGGGUGCCCCGCUCAACUCCAAAGACGAGGAUUGGGACAGUAUGUUCCACCUCGAUCCAACUAUCAGUCCGUUCCUUCCUCAACCGAACUCGGAGCACGCUUCGAAUGCUGCCCUGGACCUCAGCUGCAACCUAGAUUACUUCAAUAAUCAACCUCUUCUCCCCGCAGUAAACUACCUCCCACAACCGAAUUACUACCCCGAGCCAACACUUCCAUACAAGCUGGUUUCGGCCGAUCAUGGCGCUGUCCAAGGUGAUCUCAUGAGCUCAAUCCGGGAGGACUUGGACAGAGUCAUCAGAUCAGUCUGGAAACUGAGACGUGAUACAGACACAAAGGUCCAGAACCUGGAAACAGAAAUCAAACAGGCGUCAAAGGUGGCCGGAAACCUGCGAAAGGACGUUGAUGCGAUUGAAGAAUGGAUGAACAAGAUUACUGCUUUUCUGAACGCUGCCCGUGCGCCUUCAGAGUUGCCUUGCGAUGCCGAAGACUCGAUGGCGCGAGGCACCGAAGAGAAGUAAGCAUCGUAAACAUAAUACUGUAGAUAGUCCUGUUUCAGUUCCCUGUGUAUGGUGUUGGCAUCAGAAGUCUGUAAAUCGUUAAGCGCAUAUAUAUCUAAAUAGUAAAGCUAUUUUUCUGCGAUCUCC